AUGAUUCCAGUGCAGCUGAUCUCAGCUUUGAUAGUGGCGUGUGGUUGCAGCGCGCUCGCGGACGCAAUGCAAGCAAACUUCAGUCUGGAUAAUGACAUUCAGUCCAGCUUCCUCCAGCGGCGGCUGAAGAGCCAGGAGCGCAGGGAGAUGCAGCGGGAGAUCCUCUCCAUCCUCGGGCUGCCGCACCGGCCCCGUCCGCUCCUGCAGGAGAGGCACACCGCGGCUCCCAUGUUCAUGCUUGAUCUGUAUAAUAACGCCAUCCUGGAGGACUCUUAUAAACCGGCGUACACCACCCCGGGACCCCCGAUGGUGACCCAACAGGACAGUCGCUUUCUCAGUGAUGCCGACAUGGUGAUGAGCUUUGUCAAUCUGGGGGAUCUAGAUGAAGACCUCCGUCUCUAUCAUCAGCACCACAGAGAGUUUCGUUUCGACCUGUCCCGCAUACCGGCGGGGGAAACCGUGACAGCUGCGGAGCUCCGCAUUUACAAGGACUUUGUACAUGAGCGCUAUGAAAAUGAGACUUUCCGUGUCAGUGUGUUCCAGGUGCUCCAACAGCAGCCCAAAAGGGAGCUGUACCUGCUAGACUCACAAGUGGUAUGGGCGGCAGAAGAGGGAUGGCUGGUAUUUGACCUCACGGUCACCACUAACCACUGGGUUAUAAACCCAGGUCAGAACUUGGGACUGCAGCUCUCUCUGGAAACCGCAUAUGGUGAAAGAUUGAACCCAAGGAGAGCAGGUCUGGUGGGCAGCACUGGACCUCGGAAUAAGCAGCCAUUUAUGGUGGCGUUUUUGAAAGCGUCAGGAAUCCAUCUCCGUAGUGUUCGCUCAGCAUCAGGAAACAAACAGAGGGGUCCCCACCGCUCUAAAAACCCCAAACCUGGUGUUGCGCCCAGCCAGGUGGCUUUGAAGACAGCUGAGGCCGCAGAGGUUUCCAGUGUAGACCCCAAACAGGGCUGCAAGAAGCAUGAACUCUAUGUCAGCUUUAGAGAUCUGGGAUGGCAGGACUGGAUCAUUGCUCCAGAGGGUUACGCUGCAUACUACUGUGAGGGGGAAUGUGUGUUCCCCUUGAACUCUUAUAUGAAUGCCACAAACCAUGCUAUUGUACAGACACUGGUCCAUUUCAUAAACCCAGAAACAGUCCCAAAGCCCUGCUGUGCUCCUACUCAGUUACAUGGAAUCUCCGUUUUGUACUUUGAUGACAGUUCCAAUGUAAUAUUGAAAAAGUACCGCAACAUGGUCGUCAGAGCCUGCGGAUGCCAUUAA